UGCAACCCAAUCUCCUCACGCCAAAACCUAAAACUUACGACAAAUCAUACAAAUACUUCCUCAAGCAAACCCUAGAGAGAACUAAAACCCUCCUUUCAAUUCAUACAUUGUCUACAACAACCUUUUAACCUUUGGGAGUGACAUACAUCACACAGAGAGAAUUUGAGUCCGCUGUAAUGGAGAGAGUCAAGAGGAUGGUGUCCGAGAAGCCGGUCGUGAUAUUCAGCAAGAGCUCAUGCUGCAUGUGCCACACCAUCAAGACCCUAUUCUCGGACUUCGGGGUGAACCCCAAUGUCCAUGAGCUAGACGAGAUCCCAAGGGGGAAGGAGAUCGAGCAGGCCUUGGCCAGGCUCGGUUGUAGCCCAGCUGUGCCGGCGGUGUUCAUCGGUGGUGAGCUGGUGGGCGGGGCCAACGAGGUCAUGAGCCUCCACCUCAAUAGGUCCCUUAUCCCAAUGCUCAAAAGCGUUGGAGCCCUAUGGCUCUAAGGAUACAUGCAUAUAUUAUCUAUAUAAGAAGUUCACUAUUUAUUAUGUGGACUUCAGCUAACAUCCGGCAAAAGAAAUAAGUGUUUUUUUGGGACACAUAUAUAAAUCUUUCUUGAGGUAUAACUAUAUGUGUUUUUCUCGGAUGUAUGUAGUCAUAUUACAAUGUGUUAAAAGUGUCGAAUGUCGAUAAUUAGUUGCUAUAUGUAUGAGACUGCCCAAUGUCAUAUUGGGUAGUUUAUCUUUUUGUAGUAACUAUAUAUGUGUAUGUUUUUGUUGUCUAAGAAUAAAUUAUUAUGACUUUAUCGUA